AUGGCGGCUGCUACGGGAGGCGUAGCGUGGCAGCAACGCGCUGCACGUGGGGAGUGCCCGGAGGGCCACGAGCUCCUGCCCUGGACCGCGAAGGAGGGCUCCUGCUGCGGGUGCGGGAAGCUCUUCCCGUCCGGCGAGCAGGUCAUGGACUGCCGACGGUGUGACUGGUUCCUCUGCGAAAUGUGUUGUCCAAGAUAUGGGAGGACGCCUUCGUUAUGGGGCCAGCUGUCGCAGCUGCCGUUCUAUGCAGCCGAGCGGUUGUGCGAGACCUUCGACGCCACCGACGCGGCCCUCGACUCCAUCGCGGAGCACCACGACAGGAAGAUCGACGAGGCGCUGGACGCGGUGGAGCAGGCCGUGGCCUCCGCGGGCCGCAGGGCCGCGAAGGUGCCGGCCAUGGCCUGGGUGUCCGACCUCCUCCUCGACGACUUCUUGCCCGAGGCGGAUGCCGAGGAGGCGCGCCGGGAGCAGCUGGAGGGCACCGAGGAGCAGCGCCAGGAGGCUCAGGAGCUCGUGGCCGAGUUCUGCGAGUCCUGGCGCGAGGUGUGCGCCGAGCCCACCGACACGGACCUCGGCGCCUUCUGGUCGCGGUGCUGCGUGCUGUACAGCACGGUGCUCGAGCCCGGGCCGCUGGCAGAGGCGCUGGCCACUCAGCUGAGGCGCGAGGCCGUCUCGGGGCAGGACGGCUCGUGGCAGCCCGUGCUGAGGGCGCUCUGUGCUCUGAGGGACUUCAGGCGCAGAGGCGCCGUGGGCGAGGCCAUCGCGGCCGAGGUGGCCAAGAGAGCGGGAGGCCGCAUCCGCUCCCUGGCCAAGGUGGAGGAGUGCGCGGAGGAGGCUGACCAGGUGGGGCUGGCCCUGCUGGGCGAGGAGGGGGCGUUCGACGGUGCGUGGACGAACAAGACCCGGCCCGGCUUCACCGUGGAGGUGAUAUCUGGCGACUCGCUGCGCAUGCACAGCGGUGCCACCUACGACCUGGUGCCGUGCGGUUUCAACUGCGUCUCGGCGAGCCAGCGGCGAGGCAGAGAGCAGCUUGGCGAGCUGAAGUGCGGAGAGAUCGUGUGGAGCACUGGCAGCACUUGGAUACGCCACACUGGCCCUUUGCCAGGCAGGAAGGCGUCCGCCGCCAGCAGCAGCGGCGUUGGCGUCGCCACGGGGGUGGCCCGUUCCAGGACGCCUGCGGUUGCCCCGCGCGCCCCCGCCGACACGAUGCCGAGGGCGCUCGAGGGCACGGAGUGGACCGUGGUCGUCGACAAGCCCGAUCCUGGGGCGAAGCUCGGAUUGGACAUCACCUUCAGAGAAAGGCUCGGCAUCGCGCUGAGGAUUAAGUCCGUGAACCAGGGCCUCAUCAGCGAGUGGAAUUUGAUUAAUCCUGAAAGGGAAAUAAAGGCCAACGACUGGAUUGUGGAAGUCAACGGCAUACGGGGCAGCGCCGAUCAGAUGCUUGAGGAGAUCGGGACGUCGCUGCGCUUCCGGCUCCAAGUCCUGCGGGAGUCGGUGCCCGGCAGCGCCCCCCCGGCGGCGUCGGCCGCUGCCGGCGCAGCCGCGAGGCCGCCGGCGCGGGCACCCGCGCAGGCCUCGCAAGAGGCCGCCGCCACCGCACAGCCAGCGGCCGCGGCGCAGCUGCAGGCGGACCCACUGGUGCCAGCGCCUGCGCCUGCUGCCGUGGAGGCGCCGCUGAUCAGUCUGGAGCCAGCGCCGGCCUCGCCAGCUGCUGCGCCGCCAGACCUCCUGGCGGCGCCAGCUCCCGCGACGGCCCCGAUGGUGAGGCUGGCGCCUCCGCCACAGGCCACCGUGCUCCCCAGGGCCGCGGUGCACCUGGUGGACACGGGGCCUCUGCUGUGA